GUGCACGUGACGACCUAACCUAAAACGCGAGGAUCACGAGACUCGCGAGACGUUCCACUGUGGUCUGUUCUAUAACCGAUAACCUCAUAACUAAAUGGAACGUUUACAUUAAAAAAAAACAUAAACAUUUUAUACGCAAUCUUUUAGGAAGUAGUUUCUUAUGCGUUUGUGAAUCAAUUGUUUGUUAAUGUCACAUCAUUCAUGAUUUAAAGAAACCGUCGUCACCCGGCAUUCAAGAUAUCAAUGGCCUAGUAUAUACCGCGUGCUCUCGGCAACGCUUGUUCGCGUAAAGCACAAUUUAAUUGUAGAGAAAUGUUUUCCAGAUUUUGUAAUUUGUGCCACAGAACCGGAUAUAUUCAGUUCACGCAGAGGUGCUACAGAAAGGGUUCUAAAAAGAAAGGUAAUGUCAAGCGCGUCGAGGCACCAAAAGAUGUAAAGGGGAAGACGCCGAUAAUCGUCAGCAAACGGAAGGAGUUCAACUUUUAUGAAGGGCAAACGUAUCCCAAAUACGUACCGAUACCACUGAUUACCGAUGGAUGGCAUCAUUACAAGUCUAAAGGGGAUUAUUUCUACGUGUAUCCACUCACGAACGUUAACAAAGAGGCGUACGGCGAAUCGUUUAAAAAAAAGAAUGAAGGGGAGGAAGAAGCGGAUGAUUCUUUUGCGCAUUUUGGCUUUGAUGGACAGCUAGUAGAUAUCCUGAAAAGAUACAGUAUAACGAAACCCCUGAAGAUACAGAAAAUUGGGAUACCCAAGAUAAUAAACGGCGCUAAUACCGUCAUAGCGGCGGAAACCGGUUGUGGGAAGACAUUAACGUACCUUCUGCCGAUGAUAGACGAAGUUUUGAAAUGGAAACAGUUAACGGGGGUCCGCUACAAUUCCCCGUUGGGACUGAUCGUGACGCCUACUCGAGAAUUGGCGUUUCAAAUAGGGUUGGAAGCGAAAAAGAUAUGCCAGUAUCUCGGUAUUAGCACAAAAACCAUUACCGGUGGGAAGACAAAAAAGAUGAUGUUAGACCCACCUGUGGGCGAAGUCGACAUCGUUGUAGCUAGUUUUGGCGUCAUCAGCAAGUUGACUACAACCAAGAUUUAUAAAUUGAACAUGGUUAGACACAUUGUAUUGGACGAAGCGGAUGCUCUAUUUCAUGAGACGUUUGAAGAACAGCUGCAAGUAUUCUUGAAGAGGGUGCCACUCGGUUUUGUACAAAAUGUGGAAGAUAACACAUUACCAAUGAGCGCCCAAUUCACAUUAGCGUCUGCAACAAUGCCGUCAAGAAUGUCAGAGGUUUUGAAGAAUAUCAUAGAUGUGCAAUCGUUGGAACACGUGACUUCUGAUAAGUUGCAUCACAUUCUCGUGCCGCAAAAAUUUAUAAGAAUAGGACCAAGCGACAAACCGACCCAACUUCUGAAAUAUAUUAAACCGAAAGUAGCCGGCAAGCAGCAAGUUAUUAUCUUUAACAAUAACAACAGCACUUGCAAUUGGGUCAGCAUGUUCCUGAACAAUAGCAACAUACAAACGGUACCUCUGAACGGCGACAUGCCGUUGUACGACAGGCAAAACAAAUACUCCAGCUUCAAAAGUGGGAAGUGCCAUGUGUUGUGCACUACAAACGCCGGAUCUAGAGGUUUGGACACCGUGACGGUACGCCACGUGCUGAACUACGAAUUUCCAACUGCGACCGCCGACUACAUUCACAGAUGUGGUAGAACCGGAAGAGUCGGUAGCGUUAAGGACUGCAGAGUGGACAAUUUUAUAAGCACUCCGGAUGAAAUUGCGGUAUUGCGAAAAAUAGAGAGGGCAAUACGGAAGUCGAAACCGAUACCGAUAUUCGAUAUUCACGAGACGAAGGAAGAGGACGACUUCUACGAGCUACCUGAAUCGAAGAAGGAAGCAGAAGUACAGCAGGAAUUUAGCAUACCGUACUGAAUCAUAUUACACGAUUGUGUAAAUAAAGAUUGUUUUACUGUUCGGUAA